GAAGGCUGUCGUACUGUCCCACUUUCCGGACACGUAGGAUUUGACAGUUUGCCUGACCAGCUGGUUAAUAAGUCGGUUAAUCAUGGGUUUUGUUUCAACAUCCUGUGUGUGGGGGAAACUGGCCUUGGUAAGUCCACCCUCAUGGACACCCUUUUCAACACCAAGUUUGAAGGUGACCCAGCAUCUCACUCACAGCCUGGGGUCCAGCUGAAAUCCAGUACCUAUGACCUGCAAGAGAGCAAUGUGAACCUCAAACUGACUAUUGUGAGCACAGUGGGCUUUGGGGAUCAGAUCAACAAAGAGGACAGCUAUAAGCCCAUCGUUGAGUUCAUUGAUGCUCAGUUUGAAGCCUACUUGCAAGAAGAACUUAAGAUAAGAAGGGUCUUGCACAACUACCAUGACACCCGGAUCCACGCUUGCUUGUACUUCAUCGCUCCGACAGGCCACUCGCUGAAAUCCCUGGAUUUGGUAACAAUGAAGAAGCUUGACAGCAAGGUGAACAUCAUUCCCAUCAUUGCCAAAUCUGAUGCCAUUUCCAAAAGUGAGCUGACCAAGUUCAAAAUUAAAAUCACAAGUGAAUUGGUCAGUAAUGGGGUUCAGAUCUACCAGUUCCCAACAGAUGAUGAGUCAGUGGCAGAGAUAAAUGGCACAAUGAAUGCCCACUUGCCAUUUGCAGUGAUCGGGAGCACGGAGGAGCUGAAAAUAGGAAACAAAAUGAUGAAAGCUCGUCAGUACCCCUGGGGCACAGUGCAGGUGGAGAAUGAAGCUCACUGCGACUUUGUGAAGCUGCGGGAGAUGCUGAUCCGUGUGAACAUGGAAGACCUUCGUGAACAGACCCACACACGCCACUAUGAGCUGUACCGGCGGUGUAAACUGGAAGAGAUGGGUUUCAAGGACACUGAUCCAGACAGCAAACCCUUCAGCUUACAAGAAACUUAUGAAGCCAAAAGAAAUGAGUUUCUGGGAGAGCUGCAGAAAAAGGAAGAGGCAAUGAGGCAGAUGUUUGUCCAGAGGGUCAAGGAAAAAGAAGCAGAGCUGAAGGAAGCUGAAAAAGAGCUGCAUGAAAAGUUUGAUCGUCUGAAGAAGUUACAUCAGGAUGAAAAAAAGAAGCUAGAGGAUAAGAAGAAGUCUCUGGAUGAUGAAGUAAAUGCAUUUAAACAAAGGAAGACAGCAGCUGAGUUGCUUCAGUCUCAGGCUCAGCAGGCUGGAGGAUCGCAAACUCUUAAAAGGGAUAAGGAAAGGAAAAACUUUUUUUAAUCUGUCUUCGCCAGCUGCACUGUGUCUGAGGGAGAAGACUGCCACUUCUAGAAGAGUUUAAGGGUCUUAUGUCUGGGGAGGGGGGAACAAAUCUUCAGUGUUAGUGUCCUGGAAAGAAGCUCUUUUACUGACUUGCAUGAUACCUAAAAUUGAAGUGUCUUGUAAUUUGUGUGACAAGACAGGGUAAUACAGGGGGAACUGGUUGUUACCUGAAGAGCGACAGAAAUGUGAUGUUUGGACUAAUGAUGUAGCGAAUACAUUUCCCAGCGUUGUUUCUGGCAUAUUUUUUUUCUAAUGUUGUCUUUAAUAAUAUAAAUGUCACGGGCUUCCCUGGGGUGCGAAGCCUAAGGAAUAUUUUCAAUAUGCUGUUGUUUGAUUGGUUUUGGAAACCGUGCAAGGAAAUACAAACACGGUGCAACUUGCUGUGCCGGCAGCCACGAGAUACUGAGUUUUGACAAAGAAAUAAAGCAAGCAGAACUGUGUGUUUCCA